GGCAGCCGGGUAAAUACGCCGCUCUGUGCUCCAAUCACUUCGAGGAGGAUUCAUUUUUGAAGAAUCCCCAUCUGUUGGAGAGUUUAAGUGUCAGUGGUGAACAGAGAAGGCUCAAACCGGACGCUGUUCCAAGCUGUUGCAAGCAAUCAAAGAAGAAACAGACCAGCAAUGCCAGCAGACCAGCAAAAAGGAGAAGAUUGGAGACGUGCAAAGUGGACAUCUUUUCUGCUGGGUGCGUGUUUUACUACGUGGUGUCGCAGGGCUGUCAUCCAUUUGGAAAGUCCCUACAGCGGCAAGCCAACAUUCUCCUGGGAGUCUGUUCACUGGACUACUUACAGCCAGACAAGCAUGAAGGUAUUGUGGCCAUGAACCUGAUCGAGCAGAUGCUGAGCGUGGAGCCCAAGAAGAGGCCGUCAGCAGAACAAGUGCUCAAACAUCCCUUUUUCUGGAUCCUUGAAAAACAGCUACAGUUCUUCCAGGACAUGAGUGACCGGAUAGAGAAGGAGCCACUAGAUGGAAUGAUCGUGAGGCAGUUGGAAAGAGGAGGGCGGGCCGUGGUGAAAGGAGACUGGAGGGAACAUAUCACUGUGCCUUUACAAACAGAUCUCCGCAAGUUUCGCUCCUACAAAGGCGGCUCUGUUCGAGAUCUUUUGCGGGCCAUGAGAAACAAGAAGCACCAUUACCGUGAAUUACCCGAGGAGGUUCAGGAGACACUGGGCUCAAUUCCAGAUGACUUUAUCUCCUACUUCACGUCCCGCUUUCCUCAACUGCUGCUCCACACACACGGGGCCAUGCGCUUGUGUGCCCACGAGCGUUCAUUUCUGCCCUACUACCACAUCUUAGAGUUGCCUUCAUGGACCAUUAACACACAGCCUGAGGCCAAACCCCCAGAGCCAAUUCAAAAGGACUCCUCUUCAUUCAUACAUUCAGAACUGCCAUUAGACCCAGAUUUUUCCCCACCGUUAGAUUCUCCAAUAUUACCUGAAUGCACUGAACAUGUGCAACAGGAGCAAAAUGCCUUCUCCGUUCCAUCCAGCCAAGAAGAUGGCGUGCUGUAAAAGAACAGGAUUGGUUUUGCUAUUCUGAAUGGACACCUCUCUCUGAGUUGGUACAGUCCAGGCCUGCAGUGCCUGAGCUGUGUUACUUGCAUGAGGUGCCAUCCCACAUCAAAGUGCCUUACCCGUUUAAGACAAAAUGGUACUUUUCCGAACUGCCUAGUUCCUGGUGAAGCUAGACUAAUCUGGAUUCAAUCCUGUUUUUUUGGACCAUGGUAUUAUAAUAAACUGAAGAGGUUUUUUUUUUUUUUUUCUAAAUAAUUCUUUUUGUAAAGGCUGAAAACUGUGAUGCUUGCAUACGCAUGAGGUAAGGACUAUUUGUAUUCAACUCUUGAGUUGUCAAGAGUUAUUCUGCUGUGCAAUGUCAGUGAUGCUCAGUCAAGAGAUUAUGCUGUUAAAUAUAUAUUUUUGUACGUAUCUUGAAUGGUGAUAAAUCCGUCUAUGUGGCCAGUGUGCCUUUUUUUAAAAAAACUGUUCUCUGUCUUGGCUGUGUGACGUUGGGGGAGAUAAUUGUUCCUGCCUGUUGCUGUGCUGCUGCUGACCUCAGUUGUAUCCAAAGGGAACUGGAAUAUUCAGAUUAUUUUACGCAUUUCCAUUUUUCUCAUCAUGGCUUGUCGGGUGACAUUUGCAAAUUGUUGUACAGUUUGACAUAUUACAUAUUUGAUAUGAACAUAAAUCAAAUGUAUUUUUUAAUUUUAUCUAUGGAAUUAACAUUUUAGACAAGUUUUAAUAGGUGACCGUUACAAAAACAAUGAUCAGGCCUGAAGACUAUAGAUCAGAUUAGUUCUCAUUCUCUCCCCUGCCCCUGAAUGUAUGCACACUUGGGCCAAUUUCAAGCACAUUAAAUUAAUUCAGGUCCAAUAUUAAUUGUAGACCACAUUAUCCCGGUUUUAUUGCAUUAAAUGGGAACAGUAGCCACACUUAACUUUAUAUGUAUAAAUAUUUUGUUUAUGCCCUCAUAGAGGUAUAUUAAUUUAUUUAAUUUUCUUUUUUCACCAGUUGAAAAAUUCCAUGAUUUAAUCCUUUUUUUUUUUUUUAAAUU